AUGAAGAUCAUCUGGACUUUCACUCUGCUCAUGAUUCCUGUAUUUUUGUAUAGGAGAGUGGUCAGAGUGCAAAGAUCAAUCAGGACGAAAAUUAAACAUCAGUGGGUUCAGUCUGGAAGAUUCUCUCUGUACGAUGACACAAAAUCAGCAGCCUUCACUGUGACCAUCAGAAAUCUGAGAGAACAGGACUCUGACAUUUAUCACUGUGGAAUUCAAUUAUUUGGACCUGAUUACGACACUGAAGUGAAUCUGAAUGUCCUAAAAGACUUCAGGAAACAGGUGAACACUAAUAGUGGGACAGUGAGAGGAUAUUCAGGAGGAAACAUCACUAUAGACUAUAAAUAUGAGGAAAAACACAAGAAUCGUGAGAAACUGGUCUGUAAAAUUGGAGAACAUCAGUGUGCAACUCUAAUCAGCAUCAGCAGGUCAGCAGAAAGGAAAGACAGCGGCCGAUUCUCCAUUAAUGAUGACAGAUCUGCAGGUCUCUUACGUGUGUUUAUCAGAGAGCUGAAUGUCCAGGAUUCUGGAGAAUAUAGGAUUACAGUCAGAGCUUCUGAAGACUACAGCUUGUUCUCUGAGUUUGAGCUGGUCAUCACAGACGAUGCUCCAAAAACUACAUCUUCAUCCUCAUCAUCACCAUCGUCAUCAUACAUUUCAACUUCACAAACUCCACUGUGCACAACUGUUUCAGAGAAGUCUAUCCUCACACCAUCUUUUACCACCAUAACAGACUAUUCUCUGAUCAUCCCUCUGGUUCUGGUUCUUCUGCUUCUGAUCAUCGCUGCUCUCUUAUUACUGUUUCACUAUAGGAAGCACCAGACUAAAGGUGGUGACUCUACAUCUCAGACUGCUCAUGGAAAUACUGGAGCGGUUUCUAAUAUUGGUUGUGAUUACAAGGAGAUUAAAGACACUCACAAACAAUUACCCACAAACCCCUCUGAGUUUUGUAGUGCUGUUUACGCCACUGCUCAACUACCCACAAACCCCUCUGAUUCCUGUCUUUACUCCAACGUUCAGGAAGCCUCUGGUGACUCUCAGAUCUGCAUCUCAUCUGCUGAGGAUGUGAAUUACGCAGUGGUGAAUUUCCACAAGACACCAGACUGUCCUGACAGUGUCCGUUUGAGGAAUCAUCAGGAGUGCAGUGAAUAUGCUGCUGUCAAUCAUCGUCUCACUGCUUGAAGAGACUUGAAUGAGCUGAGGGAUGUUACUUCACCUUAUCUCUGGCAUUAAGUUUGGGUGUUUUGGGCAUCUUAACUAACAGUGUAGUGUUUGGUUCUU